CAAACCUGUAUUUGGUACUCAGCUGAUUAUCUGUAGGGGCGGACGCAUGUUUAUUUUCGCGGAACUUUUUUUUAUUUAAUAGUUGAAUAGAUUUUUUUAAUGUUAAAUAAGAAACUUGUUCUGAUUAAGCAGUCAUGCUGUGUGUAGUGUGCAGUGAGCAUAUUCCCAAAUACAGAUGUCCUGUGUGCAGAAUCAGAUACUGCUCAUUAGGGUGCUUUAAGAAACACAAAAAUGAUGACUCAUGCCAGCCAGUAAAAGACGCCACACCACCUGCACCAUGCCCGGAUUCCUGUCGAAGUGGGGCAGCAGCAGAGCCCUGGACGGUUGAUGACCUCCUGGAUGAUGACAGUCAGUCUGACCAAAUUCCUCUGCAGAAACUUCAGCUAUUAGGUGAAUCUGAUAAACUGAUGACGAUGCUGCAGAAUCCACACUUGAGGAAUCUGAUGCAGACUGUCGACUCGGCUGAGGAUAAAUCCAAAGCUAUGAAGAAAGCCAUGCAGGAGCCGCUGUUUGUAGAGCUCGCCAACCAGUGCUUACAGAUCAUCGAGCCGGCAGAAAAACAUGAUGAUGAUGAUGAUGAUGAUGAGUAAAUUACUUACUGAUUGGGUUACUGACCAGAAGGUCUGGGAUUAAAGCCCCGGUAUCGCCAAGCUUGAACAAGACCCAUAACCGUCUGUGCUCUAGGGGUGCUGUAACAUGACUGACCCUGUGCCCUCACCCCAACUUCCUAACAUUGCUGGGAUAUGCCAAGAAAGAAUUUCACUGUGCUGUAAUUUACAUGACAAGUAAAAAAAAAAAAAAAAAAGGACCUUUCUUUCUUCCUAAACAGAAGAUGAACAUCCAUUCAGCCUGGUGCUGAAAGAAGAUAAAGUAUGUGUACAGAUUGCUUUCAUGUGUCUUCAUUAAUUGCAAAUGAUGUUAAUUAAUAGUAUUUGGUUAUAGUUAUUGGUCAGUUGUUUGAUUCUUUUUCUUGUAACAUAGACAAUAAGUGAAACUUGAUUUUUGGAAAAAGAAUAAAAUUCAACAACAAAAAAAAA